AUGAGUGCCACCAAAUCUUCCGGGGUAGACCCGAACAGCACUAUCCGCGAACGGUCCCUUGCCGUCGCCGCACAAGCCGAAGAGCAACAAGGCUGGCUAGAGAGAAAGCUCAAACCUAAGAAAAUAUCCGCUCGAUAUCCUUUCAAAGGUAAAAUCUUGCUGUAUGCCACCUGUGCCUUUGGCAGUUUGGGCGAUGCCCUUUUCGGAUACAACUCCGGAAUCAUGUCUGGACUGUUGGUUAACGAGGUCUUCGUGUCUCGCUUUUUCAAAAACUACGGAGGGGCCGAUGGAACCACAGGCGGAGUUGAUCCUUCCAUCACGGGAAUUUCCGUCGCCUGUUUACAAGCAGCAGCGGCGGUGGGAGCCCUGGUAGCAGGUCGACUUGGGGACAUGAUCGGUCGAAAGAAGUGUGUCCGCGUCGGAGCAUUCAUCUACUUCUUUGCCUCGUUCAUUCAGAUAUCCGCGCCUGGUUUUGCUACGUUCAUCGCAGGCCGUACUAUUCAAGGAGUGGGUGUAGGAUUCCUAUCCAUGACUGUGCCUAUUAUCCAAACAGAGAUUGCGGCCGCUCAUCGCCGAGGCUUGAUGGUUGGGAUUGAGUACACCUUUUUGAUUGCAGGAUAUAUGCUUUCGUGUUGGGUAGACUAUGGGUUUAACUUCUUGUUGCCGAAACACAUAUCGUGGCAAGGUCCUUUCAUCAUUCAGAUUGUCCUCUCCUUUGUCUUGAUGAGCAUGUCGUUCUUUUUACCAGAAACUCCGCGGUGGCUGGCGAUCAAUGGGUUUGUGGACGAGAGUCUGCAAACAAUUGCAGACCUGCAUUCCAACGGCGACACACAAGCAGAACAUGUCCAACGAACUUUCCUUGAAAUUCAAGAAGCCGUGAUCUAUGAAAGCAACCUGGGAAAGUCCAGUUGGACGGAAAUGUUCACUCGGUAUCGGAAAAGAACAAUUGUUGGAAUCACAGUGCAGAUGUUCGCACAGAUCAACGGGAUCAAUAUCAUCUCAUUCUAUCUCCCGAGCACUCUUUCAUCUGCCGGGUAUGACAACCGAAAGUCUCUCCUAUAUACAGCUGCAAACGCUCUUCCAUAUACCGCCGCAACAAUCGUUACUUGGUGGUUAGCCGACAGGUGGGGCCGGAAACCAUUGCUCAUUCUCGGAGGUCUCGGAAUGGCCGUACUGCUAGGCAUCGUCUGCGUCUUCACUGAAAUCGACAUAGACAUCCAAGCCAAAGCAAAUGGCCAGUAUGCCUUCGUGAUGCUUUACAAUAUCCUCUAUGGCUUCACCUGGGGGCCAAUGCCGUGGCUGUUGCCUGCGGAAAUCUUCCCGCUGCGGGGCCGCAGCAAAGGCAUGGCUCUGGCUACGACUAGCAAUUGGGUGUUCAAUUUCAUCAUUGGCAUGGUGUCCCCUGAUGCUUUUUCCGGCAUACAUGGCUAUUUCUACCUUGUGAUUGCAGGGUUUUGUCUCUCUUCGGCUAUUCUUGUUCACUUUUAUUAUGUUGAGACAGCACACCAUACCCUUGAGGAGAUCGCGGUUGCAUUCGGCGAUAAGGCGUUUGCGGAUUGCGAUGCUGAGGUCAUGGAAGAGGCGAAAAGUGAAACGGUGGAAUACUCAGCAUGA